GAGUUUGCCGCUUGCCCUGAAAUGCAUUGUGGGAUCGACAAUUGAGAAACCGAAAGUAGGGUAAUAUCCCAAUGAAAAUGGAGCGUUUAGUAAAUCAUAUAUCUACACUGAAGAAGAUGAUGUAACAUAAGACUCUUCACCGACUUAAGCCUUGACCUAUAUUUCCUGUCGUGAAAACCACAAGAGUCAUUGUCAAAGGAGGAAGUAUGCCUCGCACAUUGCCAAUUCACGGAAAUUAAAUCUUGGGGAAGUACAGACUUGGGUACACAUUCGUCUGCAUUGCAGCAGUGUGUGCAUGUGUGCAGAAGUACAGGAAAGAAUAUCUUGAAGAUUAUGAAGGACUUGAAAGAGUUUCCGGUCGAUGAUCACUUAAACCAGAAUCUUUGUCUUAAUGAACACCACCUAGCCCGAGAUAUCUUCCGUGGAAAUUACAAUUCUGCAAGAUCUGACAAGUGUAGCGGAAAGUCCCGAAAAGUCGCAUCUUCAUGCUCAGACAUUACCAAACAGCCGUUGUAUAUUUGUCCAGGUCAGGGUCAUACCGUGAUUAACCAGAUAAAGGACUUAAAGGAGCAGGCCAAUGAGAGAGCAGUAGGGGGAAAAGCUGAAAAUUUACAAGUUAGGAGGCCAGACAAAAAGGAGAGUUGCGGCGGACACGGGGAGAAUGUCAAAAUGAAAAAAGACGAAAUGGCGAGGUUUUGCUCGUAUGGUAGAAAGAUCUGCAAGAAGAAGAGGGAAGAUGAUAAGUCAGAAAAGUUUGAUGUAGAGGGCAGAGAAAGUGACAGUAGGAACAUGAACGAGGGAAAUGUCUACCUAACAAAGAAAUUGGGAGAACAGUUCGAGAAAACCCCACCGAUUUUAAUGCUUACCAAGGAAGAGAAGAAGGAUAGAGAGAAGAAAGAUAAAAAUGAGAUAGACAGAAAAAACAAAGCAAGACAACUGAGGAUAAGGUUGGAUAUAAGAAAAGAAACAUCUCCCAAGGAAGUGAUGUGUGACUGGAACGUGAAGAAAAGCGAAGAAAGUGAAUAUUUCCAGCCAAAGAAACAUGUAACCAAAAGGACUGACUACACUGAAAAUGUUAACGACGGGUUCGGAGAGGAUGAGAGAAAAAGCUUUAAACCAAAUAGAGAUCCUAAUGUUGAUAUCGUAGAGAGCCAACCAAACAAAUGCAUCAUACAACAGAGUCCAUCAAGGCGUUUAUUUCCCGAGAACGAGCUGACUCUGGUCGUACAAAGUGUCCGAGAUCAUCCUCCCUGCAGGCAAAACAGGAGUGCUGAGGAACACAUGGGGGAUUUGGGAAACCUGGUGGGGGAGUUGUUGAGCCUUGCAUCCCUCCCCUCUUUAAGGGACACAACUCUGUCAACAGAAUGCCCAUUCAUUAGAAAAUUGAAAACGGACGAGAAGAACCUGAUCCAAAGAGACACAAUUUACGAAACCAAAGAAAUAAAAGAAAUGCGAGAAGGAUUGAAAGUGAAUAAGGAAGUCUGCAGGAAACAGGAAACAGAAUGGUCUGCAGAGAAAGGAGACAUAGAUAGUGACAGCGAGGUAAAUGUCGACAGGCUCGGAGGAAGUCUUACAAAGUGGAUGACUGAUCUUCAGGAAAACAUAGAGCUAGCAGAAAACAAAUUCAAAGAAAUUCAGAAUUUCAUCGGUGGAUUGGAAAUAAUGCUAUCUGCCUGGAUACCCAAGACAAUGGCAGACAAUCGACAUAUGUGCAUGAAAUAUCAGGCUGCACACACAUCAGUAAGAGUACAAAGGAAGAAAAGGUCACAGAGAACAGGGAAUGAGCCUGAUGUAAGUGUAUGUAGCGCCACUGAUGGCCGGAUUCUCGCUUUGACCGCCAGAAGGGGAGAUAAAUCUCAAUGGAUUGAACCCAUGGACAGUGACGGAAAUAAUAACAAUGCCUAUGGAGGCAGGAAAUCCAAUGGGGAUGAUCUGAGUGAAAAAGAAAAUAGGAAUUAUGAUGAUGAAAAAGACCGAGAUGAAAAGGAGGACCCACCACUCAACGGCAGAGGACCAAGCAGGGACCUGUUCACGAGAUCUAAGGGAAUAAACUCGACGAACCAGGAAGUGGAUCAGAACUAUAAGUACCGCAGGAAAACACACGGUCAGCUACGAAAUGGACAGGCUCAAUUGUCCGAUUUUCUGGGACUGUUGCUUAAUCUGGAUCAGAAUAUUCCUCCAGAUUUAAUGAUAGAUAUCAAGGGUUUCAUCGAGGACAUCAAUCCAUGCCUAGUGCUCUGUCUACGAAAGCAGUCCGAUAAUGACCUUGAACUUUGUCAGAUAUGUUCCUGCUUGACAGCUUUGACCUCUCACUUCGGCAAUUGUAACAGCAGUUAUAGCAGCGAGGUCCAGAAAUGUACCCUUUGCACUCAGCUCUUUCGUCUAGUUCAGCAGCACGUGCUCCUCUGUAGGGCCAGCGACAGCAGUACCAGUUGUCCCGUGCUGGUCUGUCGGAAGAUCUCGUUUCUGAUCAACGAGGAUCCCAUGCUGAUCUUCACCAAAGAAGACAAGAUAUGGAGAAAGCUGAAGAAGUACAUGGGGGGAUACAUCCAAAGUAAAAAAGAGAUUUCCGAGACCAAAUUGGAGGAUGGAGGAGAAAACUAUUUUUCCAUGACAAGUUUAAUUAGCAUAAAUCCAAAUAUGGUAGGAUAUGGAACAGGGAGUCCAGUUAAUCCACCACCGGUCCCAAAACGCCUCAGCACAGCAUACAUGCCAUCACUAACCAUCAUUCACGAAGACCAAUCGGAUAGAAGCCUGAACUUGCCAGAAAAAUAUGAACCACCGCCUCCGGAGAGGACAUCCAGGUCGGAACCCAUUGUAAAGAAAUUGGAGGAUGGAACCAUCGUAGAGAUGUCAAGACAAAAUUUUCGUACACCAAAGCCAAGACCAAAGAAGCCUCUUCUUCGAUUUGGAUCUGUGGAUAGAAUAAUAACACACCCAUCCUCCCCCCUGGUAACAAGACCCCCGCCAUCAUUUACUAUACCAAGAACAAAUGAACAGACCAGGCCACCGCCAUCAUUUACUAUACCAAGAACAAAUGAACAGACCAGGCCACCGCCGUCAUUUACUAUACCAAGAACAAAUGCACAGACCAGGCCACCUGUAGAGGGAAAAUUGGUCCGCAAAGUGUCCUUCAAAGAACAAUCUGCAAAUAAAAUUCUUGAUGUUGAGUCUGAUGCUUUCCCCGAUAUUUCUGCUGUUGCUGUGGAGAAAGAAUACCCCUCUGAAAGUGAAUCUCAGUCCUCGAUUUCUUCAGAACCUUUCUCUCUAGAUAAAACCUACGGCAAUCAAUUGAAGAGCAUCAAUGAGGGAAGUCAUCCUUGGCCUACCGGUAUUGAGUUCCACUCUCUGAAAGAGAGACCCACAGGACCGCCAGGGAUAGGGGAGGUAGUGUAUGGUUACAGAGAUGUUUUAUUGGAGGUUAUCAAGUACUGGGAGGACCUCCGACAACAGUACAAAACAUUCGGCAAACUGCUGCAGAAGAGUGUCAAGGAGGAAGGUGUUAUCUACCCUGACUGUAAAGGAAAGUUGAUUAUCAUGGGUCAUCGUUAUCAGAAGGAUUUCCAAUGGGUACGACUCGUGCACCUUGGGAGAGGAAUGUUUGGGAAUUGUCACCUGGCCAGUGACUAUAAUACAGAGUACCAGUUCUGUAUAAAAAAGAUUCACAUUUCCAAGUACCGGGAGGACGAAAUCAAGAUCUGGUCCGAUCUGGAGCAUCAAAACAUCGUCAAAUUCCACGGAGCACUUCGCAGAAAGGAGAAGAUUUACAUCAUUUCGGAAUUCAUUUCUGGAGGAAAUCUUACUGACAUCAUAAAAGCCCAGAAGACCCUGAAGAGACGUCUGAGUCAGAAAAAAGCUUUGCAGUUGUUUCAUCAACUGUUAAAAGUUCUGAUUUACCUGGAAAAAAAAGCAGUCAUUCAUGAGGACAUAAAAUCUGACAACAUUCUCAUGAGAGAAGAUGGCAAAGAGAUAGUCCUAGCUGACUUUGGUGUGGCUCGAAGGCAGACCUCAAAAGUCUCUAGUCUUGUGGGCACACCCACUCACUUCAGUCCAGAGAAAGCCGAGAGCAGUGGACACGCCUUCAAAUCCGACCUCUGGGCAGCCAUAUGUGUCCUGGUUCACAUUCUUAGUGGGGACCCCCCAUGGGUGAAGCGGUACCCUAGUGCGACGGCCAUACAUUUCUUGAUUGCCACCAAGCCAGCACCAUUAGAAGACAUUCCAAAGAACAUUCAUCAGGAGUUAUGGAACCUGAUUCAAAUUGGGUUAGAGAAAAAACCGCAAGAUCGACCAACUGCGAAGGAGAUGAUGCAGCAUGCUGCCUUUCAGUUCAUUAAUGAAUUUGGAGACAAUCUGUACUCGGUUCUGAAUUCUGGGAACACCGUGGAGGAUGAUAUGCGUCUGCCAUCCAAUAAACAGAUUGAACCAACAGAUGGGAUUAUGAAGGAAGUGGAGCACAGUUUGAAUAAUCACGAGAACUUUGAAAUGUUUGACAGUCGUGUGGUCAUUCAACAAAGUAUUACCAAUAUCUUGGGCACGUCAGUGAAACUGGAGGAUGACGUAGAAACAGUGUUGAAUUCAGUCAAGGUUGAAAACAAAGUCUCUCCCAGGCACACUACUGAGAUUUUUUCCAAGCUUCAUGACCCAGACUUUGAUAAAAGUUCUAAAGACUCGAAAAGUGAACACCCUAAUUUCGAAAGCUUUAAAAAGUCUAUUUUGGCUACCCCAAAGGAUAUAUUGUCAGAUAUUACAAACGAUUUUAAGACUCUUUAUCUUCAUGAUGUGAAUAGCCUGAAUGACUUCCCUCACAUAGACACAAAUUUAACAGUGCUUCCACUCUUUGAUGGUAUAGAGACAUGCAUGGACCACCCAAGCAACAAUAUAACUGCAGAAGAGGUUGAAAUUCCUCCGAAUUUCAGUGACAGCUUGCCUGCCUUUACUAACCUUUUGGAAGAAACAGAAGAAACAGACAUAGACCGGCUCCAUACACAAGUUUUAAAUGAGCAGCUCUCGAAAACCAGCAGCAGCAGUGAUCUUCUCGGUGUGGCUUCCCAGAGUUCCCACCUCAACAGCGGUAGUCAUGGCAGCAGUGAAUUCAACCAGGAAAGAAUCAUUCAGACCCUUAUUGAGGAGAAUGAUGGAAGGAGCAGUUCACGUAGUGGAUCUUCCACCAGAAGUGAUGAAACGAGUAGUAUAUCGAGACACUCCUCCAGCUUAGCUCUCCCGGAUCCCUUAAUGACGAUGUUAGAGAUACCCACCGACAGUACCAACAACAGCAACAGCACAGUCAAUGGCAAUCUUCCCAACUCCAUCCUGUUUGAGUUUGAGUCGACUUCCAAAUCAAAGUCGAGCGAGAGCUUCCACACUCCGGUUGAAGAGAUUCCAGUGGAGGUAGAGGUUCCAGUGGAGGAAGUUCCAAAUGCUGCAUCAGAUGAGAACGUUUUUCACGCUCCAUCAGACAAGAGAAAAGGCGAUUCAGGAAUUACGGAUGUAGGAGAUCGUGUGAAACCGUUAUCAAGGAUGGCAGCUGUGAAUCCUGCCUUACCUCGCAAAAACACCAUGUUUGAUGAUGACUACGACAUCAAUGACGACGAUCUGUUCGCAGUCGAUGAGACACCAUCAACAAAUAAGUCUCAAGACUUCAGCAUAAACAAAUCUGAAGGGUCUAUCAAAGAUAAUACAAGUCUCAAUCUGAGUGGACAGGAAUCCAGUGAGUCUCAAGGAGAGGUGGUGGCCCCAGGUCCCAUCAUGCCCUUUACAAUAGACCCUAGUAGACAGAUGGUGGUUAUAGACACAGACCCUAGCAAAGCUCUUCCACCACCGAGGAAUUUCAAAAAACCCAACCAACGGAAACAUAACUUACAUGUGGAUGUUAAAAAUCCGUCAAAACCUUCAAAAGUUCAAUACCGACUUUCAAACCCAGAUGUUGGUUUACCGUAUAGUCCUUUAACUCCUCCUAAGUUCUACACUCCCCAGGUGAAUCAGCCCAAGACGCCAUUCAGUCUGCUGCAGCCCAAGGUUUCUACCCCGAGGUCUUCCUCCCCCACAAGCCAAAAAGAACAAGAUGAAGAAUAUGAGAAGUUAAUCCGAGACUUAUCACAGCACAGUGAAGACCCCAUACAAGAGUUGAACCUGGACCCUGACGCAUCACCAGGUAAAGAGGAACUACAGCCCUCUCUUACAGAGGAGGAGGAAUUCGAAUGCAGCCUUCAAUUGGUAUUGGAAAAAUACGUGAACACCGAGAUCAAUGAUAAAAGUAUCAAAGUGGAAGUUUUGAAGCUGGAUGGGAAAACUUUCACAACAAAGCUGUCGUAUGAAUACAGUAACAAAUCGUGGAAAAGCUUUGUAGAGGAGAACUUUCGCAUGAUGGAGACUGAUGGAAUUAACAUGCUGACGCUUUGUUUUAUGGACAACACUCCAUUGGAUCUACAGGAGAGACCAAUAGAUUGUCACCAGAACUACAGGGUGUACCUUAAAGUUGUUGAGGUUACAGAGCAUGGGCGAGAUGACCUGUUGUGGUAUUGUCAGAAGUCUAUCUGCAGAAGUGGAGGAGGUAUUCCUGUCUGAAAUGGAUGUAUCUGCAGAAGUGGAGGAGGUAUUCCUGUCUGAAAUGGAUGUAAAAACAAUUUUCGGGGACCAACUCUUCAAAAAUACUAUUUUGUUGUACCUUUGGUACAUGUAUGUUAAGGAAAUCGUAUAGUUUUGUUUGUUUUGUUUAACUAUUUUCUUUGUUUUGUUUGUUUUGUUUAACUAUUUUCUUUGUUUUGUUUGUUUUGUACUUUUAAAAUUCAUACACAGGUUAUUAGUGCUGAUGGUGUAUGUGUUGGUCACUUCAAAGAUGAUCAAUCUAACUUGUUAUUGCUUAACAGUUGAUAAAUGACAAAGUGGCCUAUAGCUUUGAUGAGUGAAAUAAGUUGAAAGAAUUGUAUAGUUGUAGAUAUGGAUUUCAGAGUUUACAAUCAUAUUUUAUAUUAACCGACCAAUAUUCAUUGAAAUUGAAAGGAAAAUUGACGUACUUCAGGAUAAACCUAAUUGACAAAAGGGCUGUAGCAAAACAUUUUUUAUAAAGAAUUAAUUAACAUCAGAAGUACAUGUGUAGCAUGUUGCAAACAUAAUAUAUAUUUACACUACAUGUAUAUAUAUAUAUAUGUAAUACAAUUUUAUGUAUUUAAAAAACUUGGUAUUUUUCUAUGCAAAACAAGACUUGUUUAAUAUUUGAAUGUGUCGAUCAGUUACCAUCACGACCACAUUUUUAAUUACAUUCGCAUAGAAAGGUUUCUGCGUAGAACUAAAAAAUUAAAAUUUGGUUCUGUGUCCUUAAAGGUGACAAUUUUUGCUGGAAUAGAUUUGAUAUACAUCUAGGAAUGUGUUUUGAUAUGGUCAUCUUGAUAUUUUACUUAAUUUUAGCACUAAUAUAUGCACAAAAUUAAUGACUUUGAAUUCUUUAGCGGGAUGUCUAUUUUGUCAUUAGUACAUCCAAGUAUAUCUGAUCUUAUUACAUGUUAGGAACAGUCACGUGAAAUGUACAGGGUUUGAUAUGAGUAAUUAGACACAUAUUUUGUUCUCUAGGACUGUCACAAUUGAAAAAUGCUACAUUGUGCAGAAUAUUCGUCUGCAGUGACGUAAACUGAAUCUCCGAUUUGAAGGGUUAAUGUUUUGCGAUACAAUCAAUGACAUGCAUGCUUUAUCCUGUGUCCUGUAUCGGAGACAACUCGUUAUUCAUUGAUCAUGUCAAUCCUUUAAAACAUUUAAUCUCAAGGUCAUAGGAAAUAAUUCUUUUGAGAAAACCUCAUAUAAAAGCAGAUGGGAUCAAUCGUGCAGUAAUUUUAUGUAAGAAGUCUGGCUGAGUCACAGCAUCUUUUGAAGAGGAAGAAAAACAGUUAUUUUUAUUGAGAGCAUAUAGUGCAUACACAUUUGGGUCGGGUCCUUUUUGUUUUUUUCCAGCUUGAACAGGUUGUCAGCUUGGGAUGUCUAUACUAAGUGAUACAUGCAUGUGAUAAGGUUGUUGGGGCCCAUAAGCACUACUGAAUGUCAAUAAUUGUGGAAUUUAAACAAAGGCCAUCUGUGGCCUUUGUAAUCACCUUACCAUCAUUAAUUAAGUAAAGAGUCUGACAGUCACUGUGUUAUAGAAGAGUAGAAAAUAAUGUAAUGUUUUAUGCAACUUUAGAUUUAUUACAGGAAUAUUUAACAUAGAUAUGCAAGUUUAUACAAGACUCCUUGUGACAUGCUUUAUUGUGGAUUGUACAAUGUUGACAAAUUGAUUUGUAUAUAUAGCAAUUGCUACUGUAGUGGGUGUGAAUAACACGGUUGUUACGAUGUAAGUGCUGUCUUGCAAUAAAUUUUUACGUCACUAUGCACCUCGGUGUGAUCCGUUUGUGAUAAAAGUCCAGCACUUUCUUCUCCGAAAGUCAACAACAGAAGUUAACAACAGAUCAGUGUUGACAUGAGAAAUUUUGUCGUUUCUUGACAUCAGUUGUUUAUGGAUUGUAGCUGUUUUGUAAGGUAGCUGUAAAUUUUUGACACACCUGAAAUCAAAAUUUAUUGUGUAUAGCCUAUGCAUUUGUAACUAUACCUUGGGUUGUAUAUAACUUUUAGACUGUUACAGUACAAGUAGACUGAAAGAUCAAAGCAGUCAGAUUUUUAUCAGUAAAGUCUCAAGUUUUAUUUCAUUGUUCACCAUAAGAAAAAAGAUAAAUUGUGUUUCAUUGAGACAAGUGAUUAAACUCUGUAUGUAUAUGAAGCAGUGCAGGGGUGGAUCCAGGAAUUUUUGAAAAAGAGGGCUCUUUCAUUGAUUUUGGUUUUCAAGGGGGUUCCACCCUCAAAAUACAUUAUUUUUACCAUUUUUAAGCAAAACUUUCUGAAGGAAGUUGAGGGGGGGGGGUCCAACCCAACCCCGUUGGAUCCACCUCUGCAGUUAAUUGUAUCUGAUAUGUACCUAUUGUAUUACAAGCUAUCAACUAAUCAUUCAAAUAUAAAACAAAUUAAAAUGAUUGAAGAUUAAGUGCUAUUUUGAAAUGACAACUUAUGCAUAAUCAAUUUUUGUGUAUGCAGAUUUUGUUAGUUUUAUACUGUUGUGUUGUCACUGCUGUGAAAGAAGAUUUUAAAGUGCUUUAUGUUUUUAGAUAUUUCUACCAUCAUAGCUUUAUUUUUCAUUGUUGGACAAUUUUGUAACAUUUUAUACACAAAUAAAAUUUAAUAUUCAA